AUGGCUUUACGACAGUCAAGUGAUAUGAUGAAAUUUAAAGAAGCUUUAAAAUCGGCAAAACAAGUUGUUAUAUUAUCCGGAGCCGGUAUUAGUGCUGAAUCUGGUAUACCAACGUUUCGGGGAUUCGCAGGAGGAUUGUGGAGGAAAUAUCAAGCGUCAUCGUUAGCCACUCCUGGAGCUUUUCGGAGCAGUCCAAGUUUAGUUUGGGAAUUUUAUCAUUAUAGACGAGAAGUAGCAGCUAAAGCCCAACCUAAUGCGGGUCAUAUGGCAAUAGCUCAGUAUGAAGCAAAAUAUGGAUCAGAAAAAUCAAUAUCAGUAAUUACACAGAAUGUGGAUGGGCUGCAUGCAAGGGCCGGAACCAAGAAUUUAAUAGAACUUCAUGGAAAUUUGUAUAAAACAAGAUGUACAAAGUGCAAAGAGGUUUUGGUCAAUAACGAUAGUCCUAUCUGUGAGGCUCUAGCAGGUAGAGGUGCACCUGAUAUUAAUGUAGUGGGUUCAGAUAUUCCUGAAAAAUCUCUUCCACAUUGUCAAAAACAAGGCUGUGGAGGCUUAUUAAGGCCACACAUAGUCUGGUUUGGUGAAAAUUUGGAAUCUAAUGUGCUGGAAAAGGCUGGAGAGGCCAUGUCGACUUGCGACAUAUGCCUCGUAGUGGGCACAUCGUCUGUCGUGUACCCGGCGGCCAUGUUCGCGCCACAAGCAGCCGCUAGAGGCGCUAUCGUCGCGGAAUUUAACAUUGAACCCACGCCUGCCACUCACGAAUUCCAUUAUUACUUUGAAGGUCCUUGUGGGACUACAUUGCCCUUAGCUUUAGGAGACUAA